GAAAAAUACUUUUCAUCCAAAUGUAUAAUAUAAGACCUCUCAAAUGGACGAAGUUAGAAAUUAUUUACAUGUAAAUGUGCGCCGGCGGGUAGGUAAUGGAGAGAACACUAUGGCUUGGGGAACCCCUUGGCUUUUGGAUGAAGCUAACCCUUACUUGCUUUCUGCCCCACUGGGGAUGGGUGACAACCCGCGGGUCGCGGAUUGGAUUGACCGUGAUUUACACUCUUGGAAUAUUCCACUUCUUAAUUCUCUGCUCUGUCCUAGGGAUGUUCAUGAGAUCCAAAAGCUACCUUUCAACUAUUACUUACAGGAUAUUUGGUACUGGAAGGGUGAUGUUUGGGGUCAUGACACAGUUAAAGAUGGCUAUCGGAAAUUCAUGGGGGAAGCCUUGCUAGAUCCGUCCUUUUCUUGUUGGGGAAGACUAUGGAAAAUUCCAGUUGCACCAAAAGUACGUGUUUGUCUCUGGCGAGCAGUUCGUGGGAUUCUCCCAACAUUGUGUACUCUUAUCUCUAAAGGCUUGGAGCUGGAAUCUCAUUGUCCUGUGUGUGGUUCUACGGGGGAGACAACUGAACAUAUUUUUCUCACAUGUCCUCUUGCUAAUUCUGUUUGGAAUCUUUUGGCAUUGGAGGGGAAUCGGUCGUCUGCCUCUGAAUUUCCUUCUUGGCUCCAGCAGGUUAUGAUUACGAGUUCAACAGUUGACCUUCAACGGAUUGCUUGGACGAUAUGGGUUUUGUGGAAGAACCGAAAUGAUGCCUUAUGGAAUUGUGUUGUGGCCAUGCCCUUAACCUUGAAGCACCAGACAAUUCACUUGCAUAGAACUUAUAGCUCCAACGGCAGGGGUCUUACUACAGCUCGUGGGAGGUUACAAAUGGUGGAGGGGCUUUCCAACUUUUGGAGAUGCUCAGUGGAUGCUUCUCUGUUUCCCGGUGUAUUCUCUUUGCACCUGAUGGCACUUUCAAGGCAGCAGUUAAUGGUUUCACCCAAAGUGAUUUUGAUCCUUUUAUGGCUGAAGUUGUGGCCUCAAGGGAAUGCCUCCUCCUUUUUGUCUUACGUGGGUUCACUGUUGAAUUCUUGCUUUGCUCUUAUUUCUUCAUUUAGACACAUUGAAUUUCAUUUUGUGCCCAGAUCUGAGAAUGUUUUGGCUCAUUCACUGGCUAGACAGAUCAGCCCAGCACCCCUCCUUCCUCUUGAAUCUCACGCACGGCACAAGGAAAAGAAAGGAACGAAGACUUCUUCUUCUUCUUCGCGCGAGCAGCGACUUCGUCUUCUUCGAAACGCUUCAACGGCUCUUCUCCAACGUUCGCCAAAAUAAAUGCUCCAACGGGAAGAAUUCAGCUCCUCCUUGCUAUAAAUUGAAGGCAAAUCGCAACAAUUCAAGAGGGGGGGACAACGAAGGGGAAUUCACACGGAGAAUAAAGCAGCGACUCUAGCCGCUGCUAUCUACGCAGCUCCGGUCGACGAUGGGCGGUGGUCUCCAACACCGUUCAUGGUUCCUCCAAGCUUCAAUUAUUCAAUUUCUUCAUCUUCUUCAACAAUUGGUAACCCUAUAUUUGUCAAUUUCUUUUUCUUCUCCAAUUUCUUUGUAAAAGUUGUUUUUCAAUUCUAAUUUACACUUUUUUUACCUAGUUUAUGUUAAUUUCAUAAAAUUUCAAAAAUGGU